AUGAUUGGAAAAUAUGACUCUGAAAAUGGUAAAUUAUCUUUCUUAGAUUUACAAUUAAAAUUAAAUACUUUGGAAGAUGGUAAAAACUUAGCUAUUGAAAUUGAAAAAUGUCCAAAUUUGGUUACUCUUGAAUUAAGAGGAAAUAGUUUAGGACCAAAUGCAGCUGAUCCAAUUGCUGAUGCUUUAAAAAAACAUAAAGAAUUAAAAAGAAUUUUGUGGAGUGAUUUAUUUACUGGACGUUUAAAAACUGAAAUUCCUGAAAUUCUAGAAAAAUUGUUAGAUGGAAUAACAUAUUCUGGUGCAAUGUUACAAGAAAUAGAUUUAUCUGAUAAUGCUUUAGGACCUGUAGGUGUUGAAGGAAUUAAAAAAUUUCUUGCUAGUGAAGCAGCAAUAAAUUUAGAAACAGUAAAAUUAUAUAAUAAUGGACUUGGUAUUGGUGGGAAGACAGUAGCAAAUUGUUUUGUUGAAUGUUUAAGAAAAGCAAUUCAAAAGGGAAAAUGGUUAAACUUAAAAACAUUUAUUGCCGGUAGAAAUCGUCUUGAAAACACGUGUGCAAUAGCAUUUUCACACGCUUUCAAGAUGAUUGGAACAUUAGAAGAUAUACAAAUAAUUCAAAAUGGUAUUUGGGCUGAUGGAAUCAGAGCUCUAGCUGAUUGUUUCCGUUUUAAUCCUAACCUUCGUAUUAUUGACCUUUCUGACAACACCUGUACACACAGAGGUGCUGUUGCUUUAGCUAACGUGAUACCAAAAUUAAAAGAAUUAGAGAAAAUUGUACUUGGAGAUUGUCUUUGCAGAGAUAGAGGAAGUUUAAAAAUUUUUAGAGCUAUAGCCAAAGGUCAAUUAAAGAAUCUUAAAGAAAUAGAUAUUUCAGGAAAUGAAGUUACCCCAAAAGGUGCUAUAGAAAUAGAUAAGAUUUGUAAAGAAAGUUUAAAAAAUGUUAAUGUUAAACUUCAUUGUAAUAAUUUUUCAUCCGAAUUCCAUAGAUUAGCAAAUAUAUUGAAGAAUGUUAAUAUAGGUGAUGAGGAGGAUGAUCAAGGAAGUGAUGUUGAAAAUGAUGAACUAUGGACUCCAUGUGUUAAUGGUACUGAAGAUUUACCAAUCCACAUAAUCCUUGAUUUUAUAAAAGCUCCAAAUUCACAUUCUCUUGGAAGAGUUUUACGACGUCAAAGUGAUGUUAUUGAUGAACUUGAAGAUGACAUGAGAAUUAAUGUUAAUCCCUAUACAACUGCACGUUUUAUUGCAGCACUAACGACUGCCGUUAUUCCAAAUAGUAAAAAUGAAAAAUUGGUUUCUGAAAUGCUCAUAGAAAUUUUAAAAAGAGGACGUCAAAUAAUGCGAUCAAAUCUUCCAGUUUUAAUGCAACUUUCUAACAAUUUAAUAGCUUUUUCACGUUUAGUUAAAUCAGAACUUCAAGAAAAAGUACCUAUUAAUUUUGAUAUUCUUAAAAAUUUAACUGGUGAUCAUGUUCCUGAAUUUACUAAAUACAUAUCCGUUUGGUAA